CAAAGGUGAUGCAUAGAAAGACAUACAAAGAGUGUCACAGACCCUAGCAAAAGUAACAUGCGGUAUGGAUUGGAGCAUUACAUUUCUAUUACCGUCUAUACUGUGACAUGUAUGCACGUUUUCCUUAAUUAUGCACGCGCGCAGGCACCGUUUCCUGUCACAGUACGAGCUCCGAGGCAUCUAAAAACUGUACUGGCAGCCAUUACAGUGCUACUUUUGAUGCACGCUGCGGCCCGGAAAAAAAAACUGAAUUCAUUUUUAAAAUUCGAUUGGCACUAGAUAACAUCUCCGCAGGCGGAGUGUCACGGUUCAGACCAACUCGCUAACGUUUCCACCAGUCCGACGUGCAAAUACCCGCCGCAUAGGUAUACUCAGCGCACGCCCAUUGGUUUUCAGUAUAAACAUACGGGCUACAGGAAGGACCUGUCCUAUAUUACACGCGCGAGCAGGUGCAGAUGAUUGUCCUGGACGAGGCGAUGUGCAACAUGGAAUCUCGGGCCAGGCGCGAGACGUGGGGGCUGUUGUUCAUGGUCCUGCGGUACAACGGAGUGUUCCUCACCACCAGCGACCUUGCGAAGGCCGAGGCCCUGGCAUACUACUGUCUCUUCUUCCAGCACGGAGAGAUGCAUUGCGUCAGCUCGCCCGAACACAUCAAGACUCAAUUCGGCAAGGGAUAUAAGCUCCGGCUCAGCCAGGGCAAAGGCUACCAAUCUCCGGCGCGCAAGGACCUCAUCUGCAAGCACUUGCCGUCCGCCAACAAAGUGAUGGAUAAGUCAACGAACGUGCAUUUCCGACCCACCGGGACCUCAGAGAUGGCCUCGAUUCUCAUGCGUGACCUUUUCCACGAACUGGAGGUGGCCAAGUCUAAACUGGGCAUCGCCAAGAUGGGCCUCAUCGUCGCUACGCUCGAGCCCAUUUGGCAGGGGUGGGUCGGUUCCUCAGGCCCCCUCUUUCACUUGACCUUCGUGCAAGUGUUCAAGCAGCUUAGCCCUCGGAGGCACCUGGUCAACCUCACCACUGAAGUCCAAGCUCAGGCCGUCAUCUGGGUUAUCCUUCCUCAAGUUGUCUUAAGCAUUGCUGUCACUGUCCUCUUCCACCGCCAGCAUCAAAAACAGGAUUCCUCCAGAAACAUAUUCCUCAUCCACUAUGGUGUCCCUGGAAUCUUCUCGGGCCCCAUGGGGACAUUAUUGCAUGUGAUUUCCGAAGUCUUUAUUCUUUUCCUGGAUCUUCGUUUUCUUUUGCCUCUUCGGCUUUCUGGUCCCUCUCACGUCUACGUUUUCCUCAGUGGUCUCGUCUGAGCGGACUUCUUUCAGAAUGGACCGGUGUUUCAGCAGCAACUGCAGACGAUUUUCUUUGCUGGAUGAACGAUGUAUACGUCUGUCAGCUUGGACUGGAGGUAACCUGGAUGAAUGUUGGGGUCUGUCCUCCGACUCUGUGAAUAUUUCACUUGCCGGGUCGUCACCUGGACAUCGUAAAGAUCUAGGCUGCUGAGGCUGUCGGCGAAUUGUAAUGUGUACCUAUCUCGCGCACAUCGACACGUUCUCCCUGUUGCUCGCGCUUGCUCGUUUUGUUGCGAGCACAAUCGCGUCCGCGGACUCUCGUCCUCCUCGCGUUUAAUGCUUAACGGAUGUCCUUGUCGCUAUGUUGUUUCUCGAGGACGUGCUCAGCCAACAACGUCGACGGUGUCGAAGAGAUCCAAGGACAUUUCACGUGCCGUCGCACGCGCUCCAAUCAACGCGAUGUCACAUAAUUUGUCGUUUGCUACUUUAAGUG